AUGGCGCGUCGAAACAGUUAUUUCUUCAACCCUGCUGCCCCAAGAUUCACACCAAACUCAUCACCCAUCACCCCCUCCCUCCCGAAUUUCGCAUCCUGGAAUGGUACUCACCCUCAUAACACGCAAUAUUCUCAAGGCUCUCCAGUUCCUCCACCUCAUGAAUUUGGUCAGAUUGCCAACCAUCCUCACUUCCCAACCCAUAAUGGCACUCAUGCUCAUAACAUGCCAUAUACCCAAGACUCGUCGUUUCCUCCAAGUCAUGGUUAUGGUCAUGGUCAGAUAGCCAGCCAUCCUCACGUCUCAACCCACAAUGGCACUCAUUUUUAUGACCUUCCAUACUACCAAGGAGCGACAGUACCUCCUUCUAAUGGAUUUGCUCAAAUGACCAAUCCUCUCUACUUCCCACUCAACAAUGGUACUCAUACAAGUAAUGUGCCAUACUACCAAGGCGCGGCAGGUCCUCAAUUUAAUGGAUUUGGUCAGACAGACAACCCUCUCCGCCACUUUGAUCCAGCUCCGCAGGGAAACAACAACAGUACACCCUACCAAUCGACUCCCGCGCCACAGAGAUACACCCAAUACAACAGUGGUUUCAAUCCAAUUGCACCACUUGCUAUCAAUUUGCAUAGAGUAUCUCAGUAUAACAGUCCCCAAGGUUCGGUCGCACCAGCCACUUCCGCUCCAUAUGGAGGUAAUCUUACGGGGCCUUUGAAUGAACAAUAUCCAUUGGCUACUCCGGGCAACAAUAGAAUGGGUCAGAUGAUUACGAGUCCCCCAGUUCAGCAAACACCAGACUCAACAGCGUUCAGCCCAAGAGUACCACAUCCAACACCAGCAAGCACGUCUGGCAGUAAGGACAGUGCAAUCACUAAUCGCAACGAUGUUGUCAUCAAACGAAAGCCAAAGAUGAAACCUAAGAAGGAUCUUCUUUCCGCCGAGGAUAUGAUUCCUGGUGCCACUGUGUGGUUGUCCGAGUACGAAGAUUGGCAUGAGCCGAUCAAAUGCGUCAAGAACCAUGAGUGCAAUGACCCGGAGAAGGACAGGGAAGGUCGAAACCACCCGGUUGCCAUCUUGCAAAUCCACCAACGACAUGGCUCUGACAUCAUUGGGGAUAUUGUCCUUGAUGUUGCUAUCAUGACAACCUUGAAUGGGCUCACGCUUAGACAAUAUAUGAAGAAGAUGCGCAACCUUGGUCCAGAUCCAUCGAGCAAUUGGUAUUUCCAAUACACCAUGCCACUAUCCUGGACGCCAAACAUAUUUGGCGGUGAGGCCAAUCGUGCGAAACUCGAAAAAGUUGCGAAUGUGGAACGGCGCACCGAGAUCGAGGAACGUGAGAAGCUCGAUCGAGAUGGCAACAAUCUGUUGUUUCUCUCGAGGGGAACCAUGCAAAGGCGAACGUACGUGCGCGUUUACCAUAUCUACGCCGUUCCGCUCAAACAGUUGCAGGCUUGCAACAGGUAUGCCCCAAAGGCGCACAUGAUUCGCUUGGACGAGAAAAGCUAUCGAACGGUGAUGGAGCGCUUGGGUCUGAGACCGGAUCCUUGGGAGGACGAUGUCAACAGGAGCGUAGCAAUGGCUCCUCAACGACUUCGGGACCUCCGAGACGCGGAGAUGGCUCGAGUGAACGCCAUGCGAUCCGCCGAUGAUGAAAGUCGUCGAGACGAGGCUGCUACGCAGCAACGCCUAAACGCCGAUCAGCAACACUCCUUGAGUGACGUUGCUGCCGGCAAGGCAAAGGGCGACGAGUACUGA